ACGACAAAGCAAAAAGGAUGCUCAUGGUUUGUUAGCAUGGAUAUAAUAUAAACUGCGCCCCUGUGAGGAAUAAUUAUCUGGCAGGGCUUCACGACUGCUAAACAUGUGACCAUAGCGUGUCAAUUCGUGGUUUUUCUGCACCGCACUUUUCAGACCUGACAGAAAUAGUGAAAAGAACAGUUGACUACCACCAUUCCAUACACACGGAUCCAUUAUUGUUCACGCAACAGAACAUGGACAUCAAGGACCAAGGAGCUCAAAUGGAACCGCUGCUGCCAACGGUGUCAACUCCUGGACGCAGAAGUGUGAGAAAUGAUGAAGAGGCUGUGGUGGACAGAGGUGGAACCCGGUCCAUGCUGAAAACCAACUUUGAAAAGGAGGAACUCGAAGGUCACAGGACACUCUACAUCGGGGUACAUGUCCCCCUGGGAAGGAAGAGCCAUCGGAGGCAUCGGCAUCAUGGACAUAGACACAGGAAGAGGAGCAGGGAGCGGGACUCUGGAGUGGAGGAUGGAAGAGAGUCUCCCACAUACAACACGCCAUCCCAGAGAGUGCAGUUCCUUCUGGGCACAGAGGAUGACGACGAGGAACACAUCCCCCAUGACCUCUUCACUGAGCUGGACGAGAUCUGCCUGAAAGACGGAGAGGAAGCAGAGUGGAGGGAAACCGCCAGGUGGCUGAAGUUUGAGGAGGAUGUGGAGGAUGGAGGGGAGCGCUGGAGUAAGCCCUACGUGGCCACGCUGUCCCUGCACAGCCUGUUCGAGCUGCGCAGCUGCAUCCUCAAUGGCGUCGUGCUGCUCGACAUGAGGGCCAACUCCGUGGAGGAGGUAGCAGACAUGGUGUUGGACCAGCAGGAGACCACAGGUCCACUGGGGGACGAGGUGAGGAGGAAGGUGAGAGAGACCCUCCUCAAAACGCACCAUCACCAGAACCAGAAGAAGUUGGCCAAUCGCAUCCCCAUUGUCCGCUCCUUCGCUGACAUUGGCAAGAAGCAGUCCGAGCCCCACUCCAUGGACAAGAACGGUCAGGUGAUUUCUCCCCAGACCUCUCUGCCCGUCCCCAAUGAUGGCAAAGCUGAAGUGAGCAGAGAGAACAGCGCUGUGGACUUCAGUAAGAUAGACCUCCAUUUCAUGAAGAAGAUUCCCCCGGGAGCGGAAGCGUCCAACGUGUUGGUGGGUGAGGCGGAGUUCCUAGACAAACCCGUGGUGGCGUUUGUACGUCUCUCACCUGCGGUCAUGCUCAACGGGCUGGCUGAGGUCCCCAUCGUCACCAGGUUCUUGUUCAUUCUGCUGGGGCCUCUUGGGAAAGGGCCACAGUACCAUGAGAUUGGCCGAUCCAUUGCAACUCUCAUGACAGACGAGGUUUUCCAUGAUGUCGCCUACAAAGCGAAGGACCGCACUGAUCUGAUUGCUGGAAUCGAUGAGUUCCUUGACCAAGUGACUGUCCUGCCACCGGGGGAGUGGGAUCCCUCUAUAAGAAUAGAGCCACCAAAAAACGUACCGUCCCAAGAGAAGAGGAGGAGUGCAGCGCAGUGCGGCACAGACCCAGGGGAUGAAGAGGAGGAGGACGAGGGACAUGGGGGUCCGGAGCUGCAGCGGACAGGACGAUUCUGUGGCGGUCUCCUGUUGGACAUCAAACGCAAGGCGCCGCACUACCUGUCUGACUACACAGACGCUGUCAGCCUGCAGUGCUUGGCCUCCUUCCUCUUCCUGUACUGUGCAUGCAUGUCGCCUGUCAUCACGUUCGGGGGCCUACUAGGAGAGGCAACAGAAGGACGCAUAAGUGCAAUCGAAUCUCUUUUUGGCGCCUCAAUGACGGGAAUAGCCUAUUCCCUAUUUUCUGGCCAGCCACUCACCAUUUUGGGCAGCACAGGGCCUGUACUGGUGUUUGAGAAGAUAUUGUACAAAUUCUGCAAGGAGUAUGGAUUAUCCUACCUCUCACUGAGAACCUGUAUAGGGCUGUGGACAGCGUUCCUCUGCCUGGUCCUAGUGGCCACAGAUGCCAGUUCUCUGGUCUGUUACAUCACCCGCUUCACAGAGGAGGCCUUCGCCUCGCUCAUCUGCAUCAUCUUCAUCUACGAGGCCUUGGAGAAGCUCAUCCACCUGGGGGAACACUACCCCAUCAACAUGAACAACAACCUGGACAAACUCACACAGUACUCGUGUUCUUGUGUUGAACCUCCGGAUCCAAGCAAUGCCACCAUACAGUACUGGGAGCAGAACAACAUCACUGCUUCUGAGGUCUACUGGGAGGCACUCGAGGUUAAGGACUGCAUGGAGAAAAGAGGAGAGUUUGUGGGCAGUGCCUGUGGCCCUCACGGACCCUAUAUUCCAGAUGUUCUCUUCUGGUCCGUGGUUCUCUUCUUCUCCACUGUCUUCAUGUCAGCUUUCCUAAAGGAGUUCAAAUUCAGCCGUUACUUCCCCACCAAGUUGAGAGCUGUCAUCAGUGACUUUGCUGUGUUCAUCACCAUCUUUACCAUGGUCCUGGUGGACUAUGCCUUAGGGGUCCCAUCUCCAAAACUAAAAGUCCCCAGUGUGUUCAAGCCGACCAGAGAUGACCGUGGUUGGUUGAUCAGCCCGUUAGGCGGCAACCCUUGGUGGACCACUAUCGUGACAGUGAUCCCUGCUCUGCUCUGCACCAUCCUCAUCUUCAUGGACCAGCAGAUCACCGCUGUCAUCAUCAACAGGAAGGAGCACAAACUAAAGAAAGGCUGUGGGUACCAUUUGGACUUGUUCGUGGUGGGUGUCAUGCUGGGGGUAUGUUCCAUCAUGGGUUUGCCCUGGUUCGUGGCUGCCACCGUUCUCUCCAUCUCCCACGUCAACAGUCUGAAGCUGGAGUCGGAGUGCUCGGCCCCCGGGGAACAACCCAAGUUCCUGGGCAUCCGCGAGCAGCGCUUCACUGGCCUCAUGAUCUUCCUACUCAUGGGCUGCUCGGUGUUCAUGACCUCUGUGCUCAAGUACAUUCCCAUGCCUGUGUUGUAUGGAGUAUUCCUGUACAUGGGAGCAUCUUCGCUCAGAGGAAUACAGUUAUUUGACCGUCUGAAGCUGUUUGGCAUGCCAGCCAAGCACCAGCCUGACUUCAUCUACCUGAGACACGUUCCCCUGCGGAAGGUCCAUCUCUUCACCAUCAUCCAGCUCAGCUGCCUGGUCAUGCUCUGGGUCAUCAAGACCUCCAAUUAUGCCAUCGUCUUCCCCAUGAUGGUGUUGGCGCUGGUGUUCAUUAGGAAAUUGAUGGAUUGCUUCUUCACCAAGAGAGAGAUGAGCUGGCUGGAUGAUCUAAUGCCAGAGAGUAAGAAGAAGAAACUGGAGGAUGCCGAAGAAGAGGAGGAGGAGCAAAGUAUUUUGGGAGAGGAAGAUGGAGUAGUACAGGUGCCGUUAGAAGGAUAUCAAAAGAGUGAAUCCGCACUCAACAUCACUGAUGAAAUGUCCAGAGGCUCUUUUGGAAACACGUGGAAUGUCAACUCUGACAACUCUAAAAAAGAGCUAGACUCAAAAAGUUCCCUUAUAUCCUCAUAGAUGCUGAAUCCCCCAAAGCUUAUCCAAGAACAGUGGUAGGAAAGAAAAGAAGAGAAGAAAGAUGCAGAAGGGCUGCUUCGACAGGGAGUCACGUUUAUGACGU